AUGGAUACAACAGUUCAUCAUAUAGGUCCGCUCAGCGUUGCUCGGCACAAUGUUUUGAUUGCCAAGUCCCAUGCUUGUGGAGACUGCUUCACCCGUAUGCCUAAAACGAGAUGCAGCAAUACUGUCUGCUAUAAUACCCUGGAUAAUCCUGCAAUCAACACUUCCUACAGCAGUAGCGAGAUUUCUGAGGAUGUUUUGUCAAUCCAAUCUACCACCAGAUUGAACCCGUUAACAUUCCACGAUUCAUUUUCUCGUCUCCCCUCGUUUCUGAAUGCGGGGGAUUGCAAACAGAAAUCACGGGAACAGCCAGGCUUGGGGGAAGUCUGGUGGCGUUUCCUUCUCAACUGA